AUGAAGCCCCAUUUUGCUGGGAUCCUGCUCAGCACCCUGCUGGGGGUUGUCUUGGGAAACCGCAUGCGCUGCUACGACUGUGGAGGAGGCCCCGGCUCCUGCAAAGAGACUGUGACCACUUGUGCCGAGGGCGAACGCUGUGGCUUCCUGGAACGCAGACCCCAGCCAGGCCUGGGACAGAUCAAGAUUUCUGGGAAGCCCUCGGUGACCUUGAUUCAUCACCAUCCGGCCUGCGUGGCGGCCCAUCAUUGCAAUCAAGUGGAAACGGAGUCGGUGGGAGACGUGACCUACACAACCCACCGGGACUGCUGCCUGGGGGACCUGUGCAACAGCGCCGUGGCCAGCACUGCGGCCCCCACAUGCAUCGUGGCUGCCCUGGUUUGGCUCUUGCCAGGACUGUGGAGAGGGUAG